GAGAAAACGUUUAGCAAAUCCCCCUUCUUCUUUGCUAAUUUUGAUUUCAGAUGAGAUCAGCUCCUCCCUUCUGCUGGAAGUUGUUCCAGAUGUCUCUGGUCGGCACAGAUCUCUCCCCUCAGACCCCGUGUCGUGCACAAUAGCCGAUUCAUGGUCAUUUCUAUGCAGGAUCCUACGAGAGAAGAGGCAUAUUUUGUACUUCGUGGGAGUUUGAAACUGGACACUAAAACUACUGCAGGGGAUUAUUCCCCAGUCUGGGGGUGACAGACGCCAUCAGGGAUGCUGGGGUGACCGGCCAACCUGUAGGAUAUAUGUGAGCAUGGACAGCAGCCCACCUGUGCUGGGGGCAUCCUCUGUGCCACCCUGUUACACAGACUUCACAUCUGUCAGUUGCCUUUAUCCGCAUAACCAACUAAGCAGGCGGAUCCCUGAGUCCCGGGCCUUCUUCUCCUCUGGAGGUGCUGUCCUGCAGGUGUUUGUCUUUCGGGGGUAAGAGCAACCGCACAUCAUGGACCUCGUCGGGUUGCUGAAGUCUCAGUUCCUGUGCCACCUCGUCUUCUGUUACGUAUUUAUCGCCUCGGGGCUAAUAGUCAACACCAUUCAGCUCCUCACGCUCCUCCUCUGGCCGAUUAACAAGCAGCUCUUCAGGAAGAUAAACUGCCGGCUGUCUUACUGCAUUUCCAGCCAGCUGGUGUUGCUGCUGGAGUGGUGGUCGGGCACGGAGUGCGUCAUCUACACGGACCCCCAGGCCUACCCCAAGUACGGGAAGGAGAACGCCAUCGUUGUUCUGAACCACAAGUUUGAGAUCGACUUUCUCUGUGGUUGGAGCCUGGCCGAACGCUUCGGGGUCUUAGGGGGCUCCAAAGUCCUGGCCAAGAAGGAGCUGGCCUACGUCCCCAUCAUCGGCUGGAUGUGGUACUUCACCGAGAUGGUCUUCUGCACGCGCAAGUGGGAGCAAGACCGCAAGACUGUCUCCAAGAGCCUGCUGCACCUGCGGGAUUACCCUGAGAAGUACUUCUUCCUGAUCCACUGUGAGGGCACCCGGUUCACGGAGAAGAAGCACCAGAUCAGCAUGCAGGUGGCCCAGGCCAAGGGGCUGCCCAGCCUGAAGCACCACCUGCUGCCUCGCACCAAGGGCUUCGCCGUCACCGUGAGGAGUUUGAGAAAUGUAGGGUUGCAAGUAGGCUUCAGUGAGAACUCUGGGACAGACUCAGCGUCAGGCGUGGCACGUAAUGAACACCUGAUCACACGGUGGGCUGUGGUCAAGGGUCGCCUCCUGACCCUGUGCCCCUCACCUUCUCUUCCAGUUUCAGCUGUAUAUGACUGUACACUCAAUUUCAGAAAUAAUGAAAAUCCAACACUGCUGGGAGUCCUCAAUGGAAAGAAAUACCACGCAGAUUUAUACGUUAGGCGCAUCCCUUUAGAAGAAGUCCCGGAGGACGAGGCCGAGUGCUCAGCCUGGCUGCACAAACUCUACCAGGAGAAGUGCCCGGCUCCAGUGCCACAGGAUGGUAACGCACGGAGACCAAAAAUGGAAGCACCAUUAACAGGUCCUCCCCCUGCUGGGUGGACUUUAUUAAGAAACAACACAGCCCAGAGAGUCCACAAACAUUCUGCAGCGGGAGCUGACAUCUGGCCCUGAGCCAGGCACCUGUGUCCCACCCAGCCAAGUCACAGAGUCCCAGGGACGAAGCCCGGGAGGCCAGCAAGAGCCCUAGUGGCCGCCCCGUCACUGCGGAGCGGUGGAGGUCUUGCUGAGGUUUAGUUUUCUAAACAAACCAGAGAGAAAGAAGACUGGAGUGAAUACAAAAUUCUGAAUCCUGCUGACUCUUAGAAAAGGGAGUGCUUUUCUCUUGUGAGAGGUACAGAUAAAAGAUCUUGCCUUAAUCAAGUCUUCCUGGGAAACGAGACAGAAGCAGCACCAUCAGCGCCCCACUGUAACCUGACAAUAGAGAACCACCAUCAAGGCUACUGAGGAAAAGAAUUCAGAAGAAAACUUGCCCAUAUUUUAAACGGGCGAAUUUUAUGAUAUGUAAAUGACACCCCAAUAAGGCAGUUUUUUUUUUUAAGGCACUAAAGUAUCUCCUGUCUCAGUCCAAUCAGGCUUCUACAACAAAUGCCACAGGCUGGGUGGCUUACAAACAACAGAAAUUUAUUUCUUGUGGUUCUGGAGCUUGAUGGUCAGGAGUCCGAGAUGGGGGUGCCAGCCCUUUCAGGUUCUGGUCCGCCUCGUCCAGGCUGCUGUGUCCUCAUGCAAUGGAAGGCGGGGCAGAGCUUCCCCCGGUGCCCCCAGAGUGGAGGCAGAGUGGAAGGAGAGAAGUGGAGCUGGACUGGGGGCGCCACAGGGGAGAGCCCCUGAACCCUGGGAAGGACCAGAGGUUCUCCUCCCAAAAUGGCCCAUUUGCAGACUUACAAUCACGACCCCGAGGGUCAAAAAAGCGUUUUUUAUUCAGCACAUCCUGAUUGUUACUAUUCAGUACAUCCUGAUUGGGAGAGAAGAAAAGUAUGAUCUACUUGAGACAUGUCUAUCUCGCGUUGUUAAAAGCGGAAAUGAAGCACCUGAGCUAGAAGUUUCUGGUAUGUGGGAGCGCUGGGCCACACCGGGGAGGACCCGCUUUGCUGGGCGUGCGCGGCGCCGGCCCAGGGCGGGCAAGAGGCGGGA